CUCAUACUGAGUAACUUGGGAGUUGUGUAAAGACCCCUCCUAGAUGAGAACGGACACAUCUAGACAACAGAAGGUCUUCAAACAAACCUCAGGAUCUUUUUACAAUCCCUGAAAUUACAGCUGACAGUAACCGUGUGUCCUUGAUGGAUCAUUAACUAAAGUGAACUAAUCUUUAUAGUCUACCGAAAACAUCAGACUGCUGACAAUUGCAGAAGAUGUUCAGUGGUUGAAGUAUCUCAUUAUUCUACUGCAGUCGGAGCGACUCGUAUGGUUGAUAGAGACCCUGAACUCUUUGGAUUUUGCCUCUCUUUGUUGAAGGUUUGAAACUUUUGUAUAUGAGUGCAACUGAUUUUCACAUGUUUCACAUUUGACCAAGUCUGAAAUGCACUGAAAAGCAUUUUUCAGUCAGUCAUCAGUGUUUUGCUCUUUGCUCUUAGUGGUUUAUGUACAACUGGAGUUGAGGUAAUACAGAAGCGUCUUUGACAACAGUUCAGAGUGUUGUGAAACUGAACUAAGCAUGGUUGGAACAGGUGGUCCAGUGGCCAUUUUCUCUGUGUGGGAUUAUGUGGUGUUUGCCGGAGCAAUUUUGUUGGCAGCGGGCAUCGGCCUUUUCCAGGCCAUCCGGAGCCGCAAGGAGACCAGCAGCGCUGAGUUCUUGCUGGGUGGACGGCAAAUGACGGCUGUGCCAGUUGCCAUGUCGCUCACUGCCAGCUUCAUGUCUGGCAUCACAGUCAUUGGCACACCUACUGAGGCCUACCGGUUCGGAACUGCCUUCUGGCUCUUCGGCUUCUCCUAUGCCAUCAUGUCGGCAAUCACUGCCGAGAUCUUCGUCCCGCUUUUCUACAGGCUGGGGAUCACCAGCGCCUAUGAGUACCUGGAGAUGCGCUUCAGCCGGCCCAUUCGGAUAAUUGGGACCACGAUGUACAUCGUACAGACGGUCCUCUACACUGGUUUGGUCAUCUAUGCUCCUGCUCUUGCACUAAAUCAAAUCACAGGACUUGAUCUCUGGGGAGUGCUGGUGGCUACAGGAGCGGUGUGCAUCGUCUACUGCACUUUGGGCGGUCUGAAAGCAGUAAUCUGGACGGACGUGAUACAGAUGGUGAUCAUGCUGGCAGGUUUUGUGGCCAUUAUAGCCAGAGGAGCUGUACUGCAGGGAGGCCUGACGAAGAUUUGGGAGGACGCUGGCCAAGGAGGCCGACUAGAGGCGUUUGAUUUUGACCCAGAUCCUCUGAAGCGACAUAGCUUCUGGACCAUCAUAGUCGGUGGCAGCAUCAUGUGGGUGUCUAUCUACUCAAUCAACCAGUCCCAGGUGCAACGCUACAUCUCCUGCAAAACCCUGAGACAUGCCAAGAUGUCGUUGUACGUGAACAUGGUUGGCUUGUGGGUAACUGUGAGUCUGGCUAUGUUUACUGGCCUCACCAUGUACUCCAUUUACAAGAACUGUGACCCAUUUACAAACGGGGAUAUAAGCACCUACGACCAGAUGCUGCCCUACCUUGUGAUGGAUAUUUUGGCAGAUUACCCUGGAAUCCCCGGCUUGUUUGUGGCUGCCGCAUACAGUGGUACUCUUAGCACGGUGUCUUCCAGCAUUAACGCUCUUGUUGCUGUCACUGUGGAAGACUUUAUUCUUCCAGUGUGCAAAAACCUCACAGAGAAGCAGGUGUACUGGAUGAACAUGGGCCUGAGUGUGUUCUUUGGUGCCCUGUGUAUUGGGAUGGCUGGAGUUGCUUCAGUGAUGGGAGACGUUUUGCAGGCAGCUCUGUCCAUAUUUGGCAUGAUCAGCGGGCCUCUACUCGGUCUUUACCUACUGGGCAUGCUAUUCCGCACAUCCAAUUCAAUAGGAGGACUUGUGGGGAUGAUCCUCGGUCUGGUGUUGACUCUGUGGGUAGGGAUUGGAGGCCAGGUUUACCCACAGACAAGUGAAAAGACAAAUCCUCUCCAAGUCAGCACUGUGGGCUGCAACAGUACAAUGGGCCAGAAUUACACAACGACAGCUCCGUGGACCAGUGCAGUGACUCUGACCUCACAGGCUGAUGUGAGGCCACCUCUGGCAGACUCCUGGUACUCUCUGUCGUACCUCUACUUGUCUCUCUUGGGUACUCUGACCACAAUCGUGUGUGGCCUGCUGGUGAGCAUGAUCACAGGUGGAUGCAAGCAAGAGAAAAGGAACCCUGACCUGUUUGUGAAGAUGAGUGACCUGAUCUGCUUCAGUUGCUGUAGUAAAUCAGAGGCAUCAGACGUCACAGAAAAGGCUGCAGCAGACUUUCAUUUGAUAGCUGACGACUCAGCAUUCAAAGACUUUGACCCGAUGAGUAAAAAUGUUGAAAACUCCAUCAAACUGUAACGCUGCGACAUCGAUAUGUUUUCUCUUCUUCGUGGAGACAUUUUAAUGCAAUUGUUUUUUUUAUAAACAUACAGAUGACACGUCACAGUUGUUCUGCUGCUACCUCUGUGGUGCAUUUGGUGCAAACAAUUGUAACUUCAUUAUUGCUGUAAGCCUAUUUAUGUUGACGUGAAUUAUGAUGUGUUUUAAACAUGGUGCUCAAAUCAAAAUGUAAAAUCAAUUUGGAGUUUAACUUAAGAGAGAGCAUGAUAACAAGUGAUAAAGCUUGGCACAACUAAAACAGAACUUUAACAGAAUAUAAUUUAAAUACAAAAGCUUGCCUAUUCAUGUUGCUUGCUGCCCUACUGAGGUGCCUAAACAACAGAAAAAAAACAAGAAAUAUCAUGCAACAAUUGGUGGAACAUUUGAAUCAUUUAAUGAAACCCAAGACGUUUCAGCUAUUGAGGUAUUCAUCAGAACAAUAAGGAAACAGAGAUUUUAAAAUAACACAAGGUUGCCACAUAUGUUGCUCCAGUGUGACUGAGCUGCUCCCAUUUCCUGUUUAGCAGCAAUGUGGCAACUUGACUAUACUAUUGCCCUUUGUUCAAUAGUUUUCCCUGCCAGCGGCUGCUAGCUGUAUAUCCUGAACACUGCCCUCCUUUAGGCACACUAUAAUACUGUCUGAUAUUUUACAACAUGUGUGAUGGCAUUACUGUAUUGAAGGAACAAUGGCUAUUUCUUUUUGAGUAUAUGUUUAGUGCCUAGUUAUUUAUAUCUAGAAAUUGUGCAAUCUUUAUGAACUACCUGCAUGAAUUAGUCAUAAAUUCUACUUGUUAAUAAACAAUUUGUACAAAGUUCAA